UUGCGACGACGACUUCCAAAUCUCUUAUUGCCGGUUUAUUGUCAACAUCAACAAUCAACAUCAGCCAGCACUGUCAUAUCAAUUGCCAUGGCAAUCAAGAAAGGCACUGCAGGCGGAGCGAAGGCUCCGACCUCCGGCCCCACGGCCGCUAGGGCCAAGUCCCCUCCCAAAGUGCAGACGGACGUGAGCAGCAUGUCUGCCACACGCGUCAUGUGGUCUGUUGCGACCCCGAUUGCGGGCGCGGGGCCCAUAUGGAUUGCAAAAGUGUCGUACUCGUAGUAUUGCAAUACAAAAUAGCUCAGCAUGACAGAUGGAAUUUCUCAUGCUGAUUUAGCUGGGAAAAGAAAUUUGUCUUGCAUGACUGCGUUUUUGAGUACGAGUGCGACAUUUUUGCACAGGAUAGCCCACGGGCAUGAAGAAGAAUUUCCAACCGGCACCCCGGUCCAGCGCCGCGGAGAUAUCCGCAGUAAAAAAUUUCCCGUACACGUAGACGUACAAAUGCAUUUUCUGCAUGACAAAACUUGCCUUCAAUCCUAGUCUAGCAUGACAAGUUGGACACUGCAAGCUAGCGAAAUUUGUCAUGCAUUUUGUACAUGUACUGGAAAUUUACAUUGCAUACGAGACUGCGAAGCCGAACGCGCAACAGGAAAAAGCGGCCUUGCACGAGCAGCGGGUCAAGGAUUUGCAGCUGGUGCAGCAGAUGGCGCAAAAGAACCAGAUUUUGUUGCCGCAGCUGUUGUGGUCGAACGACACCAAGAUUCAGUCCCUGUUCGAGCUCGUCGUGGAGAAGAAUAAGGAGGAGGCAGCUGCUGCGGAGGGUAUGAUUCUGAAAAUCAACGAGACGAUCACGAAGCAAAACCCCUGGGCCAUGCGCCAGUUCCUCAAGAACAAACUCAGUAUCUACUUCGACCCCGUGCUCGCGAAACCCCAACAGAAACAGCUGGCGUUGCUAUGAACUACAAAAGCAUCGUACUAGUAGGAAAAGGAAUUGCAUUACAAAUUUCCUCAGCAUGACAAAUGCAAUUUGUCAUGCAGAUUUGCCUUGGGAACGAGAUUUGUAAUGCAUACAUGCAGUACAACGAUACUUUUGCACAGGAUAGUUGCAAUGUCUCGACAACAUGCUCACCACCGGGGGUAUCAGAAGAGAGAAAAGCGAGGAUGAACAACUCUGUCAAGUUGUAGAACAUCAUUGAUGUUCUACAUGAUGGUCGUGUGAAAAUGUUGCAGUUGCUUCAACAACAGUUGGCUUCAAGCUUGUCAUGCUAGAAACAAACCCACAGCCAGGUCCGUGAUAGGUAGAUGUACUAAAAUUAAAAUGGACUACUUCUCUCGUCCGCGUGUUCCACGACGCGAGGUGCACUGCUCGUGGAAUUAGUGCACAUUGCGGAAAGUGCGAGUUGCUGCACCAUCCAACACGAUCAUGAAAUCAUGCGAUGCAGCCGGAGGAGGUGCAACUGCAAAUUAACGAAAAACGAAGUUUUACAAAUUUGACACAGAGGUUGAGCUUCACAGGGCUUUUCUCUCCUUCCAUAUCCCGCGUCACCGCCUCGGAAGUUCUUGGGUCGGAGCUGUGCAAUAUCAAACAAGAAAGUGUUAACGUUAACGGUUUCCACCGCAGAUGGCAGUCAUGCAUUACAAAUUUUGCCUUCGAUGCAUGCUACGCAGUACAAAUUUGGGCGCCUUUUCUGAUGCAUUACUGCAUCACAAAUUCCCUUACGUUAACACUUUUCCUUGUGAUAUGCAAUUUAAUCCCCAUUCUCACCCCUGGUUUGACGCAGGACCUGAAGGUGGGAAAAUUUGCCGCGAAAGUCCUGCAAGCGUUGCUGAAGUGCUGCAACAACACGGACCUCAUCAACGGUACCUGCGUGCAGCCCGGGGAAUCGAACGUUCUGGAGCAAAACAAAACGUUUCUCGUACCAAAUGUAAAAAUGUCUGGGUCUGGAAGACUCAUGCUGUUUUUGCAUGACACAGAAGGUCUGGCAUGGAAGCUCUAGCGUCACAGGUUUACUCGAGAAGCUUCCGCAAUGCCGAACCCGCAUGAGAAGUCCCCCACUUUAGUGACAGAAAGUGGGCAGCACUUAUUGCUACCUGUGCAUGAGAGAUUUUUCUGUGUUCUAAAAUGCGCAUCACAAGUUUGUACUUAUUCUUCCAGACCCAGACAUAUUUGCAAUCCAUAUCUCGACUACGCCUACGAUUGUGCGGUGUCGAACAACAUGAAAAAAGACCUGCCGGUGAUCAUCGAAGCCUUGGUAUCAAAAGGAAAAAACCCGCCUCCCCACAUUGAAAGCGCAUCCGUCUGAAAAUUUGUGAUGCAGAUUUGUGACCACGAAUCCAAUCCUGUCUGUCUUGCAAGAGGGCAGGCCCAGAGAGUCCGCCACAUGUAGGCGGUUUGUGAUACAACUGCUCAGCUUACAGCAUAGACAUUUGACAUGCUAGGCCCCGAAAUCAAAACCGCUCCGCUCAGGCUUGCCAUAUGCCUGCAGUCCUCUACUGCAAGACAGACCCGAUCUGUGUACGAAAAUCCAGCAUCAGAAAAAUCGUUUCGAUAUGGGGAGGGGGGAUUUUUCCUUUUGAUACGUGGCCGGCUGUUUAUUUGUGCAGAAAGUGGAACCGCCCGCACUGUCCGUGAUGAUCCCCGUUUUCAAAGCGGGGCUAAACGCGAAAGACGAGAAGGUUGUCCGCCGCACCACGAAAAUCCUGGAAAACAUGGCCAAACUCGUGGACAUAUCCUGUGCAAAAGUAUCGUACUCGUAUUGCAGUCGUGCAUUACAAAUCUUUCUCUUAAGGCAAAUCAGCAUUACAAAUUUUAUCUCUCACGCUGAGGAAAUUUGUAAUGCAUUUAUACGAGUGCGAUACUUUUGCAAUUCAUAGGACAGCGAGAAGGAAGACGCCUACCCCUUGAUCACGCACGUGCUGCCCCUGCUAGAGCAGAAGUUGGAUACGGUUUCCGAUCCGGAAGUCCGGACCCAACUGCUACACGCCGACAUGGUAUUCCGGAGUUUGACCAAGGGCCAGCGGAUCGCCGCGGACGUCCGCGGAGAGUUUGUCUAUCUCGGCCCGGUUGUGAACAUCAUGAAGGUGCUGACCAAUUCCGCGCCGCAAGCGGUGCAGCAGAUUGCCACCGACAAGGCGAAGCUGGAGCACCUCCAGGAGGCCAUUGCGAGUCUGAUGGCAGCAAAGAACCAGUCGCAAAACGACUGGGAGAAGGUGAUAUCAAAUGCAAAAAUGUCUGCAUCUGGAAGAAUACAAGUUUGUCAUGCUUGGCCGGUAAUACAAAAAAGUAUGUGAUGCUUGUUGCGCAAAAACGCCACUUGUUUGUCAUGCAAAGAGGCCAUUUGUCAUGCGCUUUGCGCUGGGCAUAGCCGCUCAGAAACUUGUCAUGCGCAGCUCCGCAACACAGUUUGCGUAUCAUUCGGACAUUAGCAUGACAACUUUCCAGAUCCAGACAUAUUUGCAAUGCAUAGGUGACCAGUGUGUGCAACAUUUCGAAGACGGAAACCCGUAUCUUGAUGUCUUCGCUGCGGAAUUUAUCAAAGGAGAAAACGCCCCUACUGGAUCAUAACGAGUUUUAUUUCUACGAUUUGCAUGUUGUUGUUGUGUCUGGUGUUUCCCGGCGGCCAUUCAUUUGCAACAGGUGUUGCAGACUGACACAAGAAAUCCACAGGCAGUUCUCUACUUUCCAUGCCGCGAGGCAUUUGUGCAAUAGCGAAUACAAAUGCCAUGCAUAAUUCCUGAUUGAUGUGGAUCUCAAAAAUCUAUUCGUGAUCGUGAGCUCGUUGUGCCUCAUCCUUUUUCCAAGCAUAACCCUUCAAGAACAUGUUCGACGACAUCGAAGACGAGUACACCAUUGUCGAUGAUGAUCCGAAGCAGCCCACGCUGUACCAAGGCAACUUCACCCUCGCGUUCGGAACUUCGAUCCUGCUGAAUAUGGAGGGAAAAAAGUAAAUAUAUUGCUUCGCUCCUGUAUUGGGCGCCGACGUGUGUUAGAUAGCCCAGCAUUAGCUUCUACUCUUCUGGAAAAGUUCGCACGUGUGCAGAUUUUUUCAUCUUUCAUGCGAUGUUGAGGGUAACUCGUCAUGCGAGUCUUCAUUGUGCAAUCGCCGUUAAACAACACCGCGACAAAAGUAAGUUGUGAAGCAUUUCCUGUUUUUUCCUCACCAUACCCAAGGACGCGAACCUAUUGCUGAAACAGUCCCGGUUCUAUGGCCUGGUGGGUCCUAACGGGUGCGGAAAGACCGCCUUUCUACGGGCCGUGGCCAACGAUAAAUUGCUUGCCGCGACCGACGGCGGCCAAGCUACGGGCGCGAACAAGAACAUGAAAAUUGUUUUGGUCGAGCACGAUAUCGACGAGGAAGAAAAAAUCCAGCCGGGGCAGACGGAUCAAGUGUACGCGCAGAGCGUGAAAACGGUGGGCGACCUCACUGGUGUGCAAUACGUGCACUGGGUCGUGAACUACAAAUACCACACGAAGGUAUCCGUCGCGGAAUGCGAAAAGCUCCUGGUCGGGGUGGGCAGGUACUUAUUCGUUCUUGUGGCAGGAGCAUGAUGUCCAUGACCUAUGACUUUGAAUUCAUGAAUUUCGUAUUUAUACGUUAGUAAAGAAAUUUUAAUGAGAAGUCGAACGUCGAAACGUUAACGUAGGACUGCAAGAACUCGGCAAGAACUCGUGAUGGUGUAAAUAUCAAAGGCUCAUCAAAAAAAUCUUCAAAUGAAUACACCUCCUAACUACAGUUUCGGCCCCUCCAACUCCACCCCCACGGACAAGACGAAAGCCACGUGCGGGCAAAAGUGGCUGACCUAUUCCGGUUAUGCACUACAAAAGUAUCUUCGUGCUCCUAGUAUUGCAAUACAAAUUGACUCAGCAUGACAAAUGGAAUUUUUCAUGCUGAUUUAGCUUGAAAAAGAAAUUUGUAAUGCAUAGACAAAUGCAUUAUAUGCAAUUCGUACGAGUGCGAUAGUUUUGCUCAGGAUACCGGUGGUUGGCGCAUGAAGAUGCAGUUGUUGGCGGCCCAGAUUGCGAAACCGGACCUCUUGCUACUCGACGAGCCAACGGGCCAUAUGGACACCAGCAAUCAGGACUGGAUGCAAAAGUGGCUGAACUCCUUCGUGACCUCGGAGAAAAAGACCGUCAUUUCCGCGAGCCACAACUUGAAUUGGCUGGCAACCACCGUGAAAAUGACCGACCUGAUCUACUUCACCAACACCGCAGGCGGGGGCAUGAGCCUGAUGUUCAAGCUCCGGCAAUUUCACGGGUCGCUGAAUAUCAAAUGCAAAAAUGUCUGGGUCUGGAAACUUGUGAUGCUAAAACGUGCAUGAUGGAAAGGCUUCCGAAUGCAGCCCAGCAUGACAACUUUCCGGAGCGCUUUCUCAUAAGUAGGUAGUCUGCAUGAGAAACUGCGUUCUUGCACGACAAAAAUGGCUGCGGCUUUUGUCGGUUAUGCAAUACAGAUUUCCCAGGAAUGUAAAGCUAGCAUUACAAGUUCCAACUUUCCAGACCCAGACAUAUUUGCAUUUGAUACUGAAGGAUUUUGCGCAAAAAUAUCCCAAAGAAUGGGAAAAAAUCGUGGCGACAGCCGAGAAACAGCCGGGGGGCAGGGGUAGUAUGGGCGACGUUUUAGGAGCACAGAAAGUCGGUGGUGCAGCAGCAGCAGCAGCAGACGCUGGAUCUCCGCAACAAGAACAGAAUAAAAUCGUUUUCCCGCAACCCGGUCCGUUGCAGGGCAUCACCUCGAAGACGAAGCAGAUUCUGAAAAUGGACAAGGUCAGCUUCGCCUACACCGGGGACAGUGCUGCGGGUGGAAAAAACGCCAGCAAAACCAAUGUCGUGAACGAAGUGUCACUGCAACUCUGUUUGAAAUCCCGCGUCGCGGUGGUUGGCCCGAACGGGGCGGGGAAGACGACUCUGAUGAAGCUCUUACUCGACGAACUCCAGCCGAACUCGAAAACCAACAACGCGUCCUUCCGGGCGCAAAACAAGAUUUUCCGCCACCCGGAGCUGCGGAUUGCGUGCGUGGCGCAGCUAUCCUGUGCAAAAGUAUCGUACUCGUUGUAUUCGUAAUCAUGCAUAAUUACAAAUCCUCUCCUUAAGGUCAAUCCGCAUUACAAAUUUUAUUUCUCAUGCUGAAAGCAUUUUUUUAUAUUACGAGUGCGAUACUUUUGCAGUUCAUAGCAGCAGGCGCUGCACCACUUGGACCGGCAUUUGGACGAAACGCCGUUUAAAUACAUGCAGUGGCGCUUCGAAGGCCUUAACGAUCGCGAAAACGAGCUAAAUCGGAUCGCUGGUAGUUACACUGACUGUAUUUUAGGUUUUGCUGCACCAGAAACUACUAAAACAUCUGAAUGUAGGGUCAUGUUUUCAGUUUCCAUCAUUACGUUUUCAUCUUAGCCACUACAUCUUCUACGCACAAACAAAGCUGCGCGAUCGCAAAAUAAAUCACCAUAUUCUGAUCAGGUGCGAUGGCAGCGCCCCCGGAACCUUCCCCUGACGUGGUGAACAUUGCUCCCUUCGGUUGGACGGUCGCGUACCAGCCCACGGCCAUCGUCCGGCCGGUGAAGUUCAAUCCCAAGACGAACCAGCCGCUCGAGGUGGCGCGGAAGCUCGUCGCGAUUACCGACCGCCGGAAAAACGGUGCGAACAACGGGUACGACUAUCAGACGACGUGGGAGGGAAAUUUCGUGCCCGUGGACACGAUUACCAACGUGUGGGUCUCGCGGGAGCAGCUGGUGGAGAUGGGUUUGGAUAUGCAUUGCAAAAGUAUCGUACUCGUACCAAUGCAUUACAAAUUUCCACCUCAGCAUGAGAAAUAAAAUUUGUGAUGCUGAUUUCCCUUGAGAAAAAGUAGACUUGUAAUGCAUGAUCGCAAUACGAGUACGAUGCUUUUGCUGUGCAUAUUGGAAAAUUUAGCGCAACGCGAGGACGAGCGCCGCGCGGCGGAAAAGGGGUUAUUAAACAUGGUGCUGACCCAGCAAAAUGUAGAGGAGUUCUUUUUCAAUUUCGGGUUGUCCAAGGAAGAGGUCUCCUUCACGCCGAUUGGCAAGCUCGCCGCUGGACAGAAGGCAAAACUGGUGCUCGGGGCCUCCAUGUGGCUGCACCCCCAUGUGCUGGUGCUGGACGAACCGACGAACUAUUUGGACGCGAAGGGGCUGGAGUCCCUCAUUUCCGGGCUGGAAACGUUCGGCGGUGGCGUGUAUGCAUUGGAAAUUUGGCUGGGUCUGGGUUUGCGUUUGUGAUGCGAGGAUCUUAGAAGAUUUGUCUUGCAUGAAGACGAGGAUUGGCUACCUUUUUUGUCGUGCUGAAAAAGGGUAGUUUGUAGUGCUAAUAAACGCGCUCGCAAGCGUACUCGCACUUGAGUGUAGUAGAAGCCACAGAAAAUAAACUCACCAUGCUAGCGCAGCUAUGUCGUGCAAGCGGCCAGCGCCCUGCAAUGCCAAUGCGAGUACAUAUCAGCAACACAAAUUUAUUCCCAACCCAGCAAUGUUUGCAAUGCAUAGCGUGAUCAUGGUGUCGCACAACGAGCAAUUUUUGCAAAAGGCCGGGUUUCUCGGUGCGACGGGAGAGUGCUGGCGCAUGACCCUGGAUGGCAAGCUCACUCGCGAGGGCCUGCUCGCGGAGCAGCACGAGAAGGUGCACGGCCCGCUGUCGCGCCAGGGGUCCCGGGCGAGUGACUUGUCGAGUAGAUUGUCCUCCAGUAUCACGGAUGGGUACGGUAACACUUUGAACGUGCCUGAGCCCGGCAGCAAGGGCACCUCGAAGCUGAAGAAGGAGAAAAAGAAGCAGAUUCGCGAGUUACAAGUGUCCCUGGGGGCGGACGAACUGACGGAAGCCGCGAAAAUGGAAAUGCAGGACCGCAUGAUGAUUCUGAAAAAGCCCGAACUGAUGGGAACGCUGGUGCAGGUGGAGGCGUGAAGAUUAAUUACGGUUUUUGAUAUCGACGCCGCUUUAUUUUCGUUUUUUAAAUUACCUCUUCCCAAUGAAUCAGUGUAGGUCCUCUGACCGCCACGCUCGCAGCUGAACACCUACAACGAAGCUGGUUCGUGAAGUUUUAUGUGUAAGAAAAUCUACUACUAGAAGAUCAUGAUCUACGUCUGCCUCUGCCUCGACAAGACCGUAGCUGGUCAAAAUGCAAUCGUGGAAGUCACUGCCGCUCCAUUGCGGCUUGAUGACACCCGCGACCUCGAGUCCUCUACGCACAGUCACUCAGAGGUCUGUCUUCUGAAGAAAUAAACAUGCAGCAAUAGCUUUUCAAAUCGCUGUUGUUGCCCCUCGGUAGUUGCCGUGGUGUUUUUUCUUUGGAAAGAGAAGUUAGGUGAGGCGAAGAAGCAGGCAGUAUUUUUCUGUUUUGAUUAUAGAAGUUGUCCAAAUUGUGGUAUGAUCACUUUUUGUUUUUACGUAGUUCUAUUGCAUGAUUAUAAAUUGCCUACAGGUUGACAUAGUCAGCAAUUAGCAUUUCAUAUUUCAUCACCUGUAUACAGGAAUUUUCUUCCACCUUUCUACGAAGAGUUUUGGCACAGUACGACUCGCGCGUUUUCGUGUCCCACCAUUUUGGCGCGACAAGAGAACCCUCACGGGAAAAAACUACCUUUUACCUCCAAAAUCACAAAACCAAGAUAGUCAUAUUAAGUACUUACAUAGAUACACGUCUGCAACAUUUUGAAUGCUCGCGCAACUGUGAGUUUGUGUUUGACAUAUGAAGUUUUGUCUAGUUUUUCUUUUUUCAGAAGAAUGGCACGACGUAAAAACUUAAACUUUUGAGACCGAUGAACUUUAGUGAAAAGCGAAAGCUGCAGCACGAAGAUGACAGCUGGGCACGUGGACCUCAGCACAAAGGGGUAGGUACUUAGAGCACUUGCUUGCUUUAUGUUCACCGAGCGGCCAUGUACAUCUACAUUUUGAAGUUGAUGCUUCAUCAGCUUCAGCCGUGUGCGAGAACAAGCAGGCAGGUGCU